GUUGUCUUUGUUUACCUUUUCUCUAUCUUUCUCUUCUCUGAACCCUGUUUUUAGGACAUUUUACAAAUAUUAUAGAUUAUUAGGUGACGUUUGCAGAGUUUUUAAAAGUUGAAAGCGCGCAGGAUUCAGCGCAUGCGCAGUGUGCUUCCGUUAGGCCCUUGUGCUGGAGCGGGAAUCCAUACACGGUGACGAGAGAGAAACUGUCAGACUGCAGCACAUCUCUCUGAUUAACAAAGCCGAAAAAGCCGGGCAACAUGCCUCGAGAAAUCAUCACCCUGCAGCUCGGACAGUGCGGGAAUCAGAUUGGCUUUGAGUUUUGGAAGCAGUUAUGUGCUGAGCAUGGCAUCAGUCCGGAGGGCAUUGUAGAGGAGUUUGCUACUGAGGGUACUGACCGGAAAGAUGUCUUCUUCUAUCAGGCAGAUGAUGAACACUACAUCCCUCGGGCUGUGCUCUUGGACCUGGAGCCCAGAGUCAUUCACACCAUCCUAAAUUCCCCCUAUGCCAACCUGUAUAACCCAGAGAACAUCUAUCUGUCUGAGCAUGGAGGUGGAGCUGGUAACAACUGGGCCAGCGGCUUCUCACAGGGGGAAAAAAUCCACGAGGACAUCUUUGACAUCAUCGACAGAGAGGCAGAUGGCAGUGACAGUUUGGAGGGGUUUGUGCUGUGUCACUCCAUUGCUGGAGGAACCGGAUCUGGUCUGGGGUCUUAUCUCCUGGAAAGACUGAACGACAGGUAUCCCAAAAAACUGGUUCAGACCUACUCCGUAUUUCCUAACCAGGAUGAGAUGAGUGAUGUCGUCGUCCAGCCUUACAACUCUCUCCUGACGCUAAAGAGACUGACCCAGAAUGCAGACUGUGUGGUGGUGUUGGAUAACACGGCUUUGAACAGGAUCGCUACAGACCGGCUGCACAUUCAGAACCCUACGUUCUCUCAGAUCAACCAGCUGGUGUCCACUAUAAUGUCAGCGAGCACAACGACCCUCCGUUACCCCGGGUACAUGAACAAUGACCUUAUUGGUCUGAUUGCAUCACUUAUUCCCACUCCCCGCCUCCACUUCCUCAUGACUGGAUACACACCACUGACCACCGAUCAGUCGGUGGCUAGUGUGAGAAAAACUACAGUUCUGGAUGUGAUGAGGAGGCUGCUACAGCCCAAGAACGUCAUGGUGUCCACAGGCCGAGACCGCCAGACCAAUCACUGCUACAUUGCUAUUCUCAACAUCAUCCAGGGAGAGGUGGACCCUACGCAGGUUCAUAAAAGCUUGCAGAGGAUCAGAGAGAGAAAGUUGGCUAGUUUUAUCCCAUGGGGUCCGGCUAGCAUCCAAGUAGCACUGUCACGCCGAUCUCCCUACUUGCCUUCAGCCCAUCGGGUCAGUGGUCUUAUGAUGGCCAAUCACACCAGUAUCUCCUCGUUGUUUGAGCGUACCUGUCGUCAGUACGAUAAGCUGAGAAAGAGAGAAGCUUUCCUCGAACAAUUCAGGAAGGAGGACAUAUUCAAGGAGAAUUUUGAUGAGCUGGAUAACUCUCGCGAGGUGGUCCAGCAGCUUGUAGACGAGUACAGUGCCGCCACACGUCCUGACUACAUUUCCUGGGGCACACAAGAGCAAUGAAAACACCCUAAAGCUCUUGAUCCAACAGAUUUAACAAGGCCGUAAACUGAUCCUGUCAUUCUACUAGCAAACUGCAGUAUUGAUGUGGUAAAUGCACCUCUCAACCAGAUAAUCAUGUUUAUAAGCCCAUCAUCACCAUCGCUGUACUGUUACUCCAGAGCUAUGUGUGUGUAAGAACUUUUUACAUAUGUAUAUACUUGUAAUUUUCAUCUGUUAACUGGCCUAUUGAUUAGUUCUUCAUAACCCGGUGCCUCUUUUUCACUCUUUGUCUGUCCUUUAUUUCUUGUUUAUUUUUCUUGGUCAGUCAGUUUAAUGCUCUCAAGUCUAUUUUUGUUAUGCACUCUUCUGCACAUCAAUGUCAAGGUGAUGCACAGUGGCCUGCUCACAAGCCUUCAUGACCACACACAUUUUGGGUAGAUAAGACUGGGUGGUCUUUGAUGAAUGUAACUGUAGGAGGGAGCGUGAAAGAUUAAGCUUCUUUGGAAUACAAGACUAAAAGUAGCUUAUGAGUACACAGUCUUACUCCCUCGUAUUCACGCAUGCAUGCUUUUAAACAAAAAGCACUUGCUUUCAGGGCAUAGACAAUGAUUGUGGGUGAAUAAUUUUUUUUUUCUUUUUUGAAACCACUUCUUGCAGAUUACACUAGAAGAUUAUCUUGAGUGCAUCAACAAUGUCAAGUGGUAUACUUAAAGACAUGCUCAAAUCAGUGAUGUUACCUCAAAGUAUGGCGAACUCAAUCAUUCACAUACUGUAACAACUCAAAUGCCUUGUGUUUCCAAGAUAUAUAUAUAUAUAUACACACACACACACACACACACACACACACACACACACACACACACACACACACACACACACACAUACUAGUGCUCGAUUU